AUGUUCGUUACCACAGCAACGGUGUGGCUCUUUUGCUGUGACAUGCAAGUGGCGUCUCGAGAAGUUGUGGUCGACGUACUGGGGAGGAUGAUCAGGGCGGCGGACAUCUUGUCUUUCGAAUCUGCCGCACCGGCUGAUACCGCGGCAGGCAUCUCGCAGGGCGGCAACGGCGUUGACGUCCGAACUGACCAUCAGAAGCGGAUCUUGGGACUGCGUGUGGAGAGUGCGACGCUGACGGAGCGGUAUGGCGCACUCUUCAGGCGACUUCUGCAUGCAUUUGAGAAGGCGUACAAGCUGGACAAGCUCCGCGGCAACCAAAAUGAGAUCCGGUAUUUUCUACACGGCGCGCUCAAGACGUCACACAAAUCGUACGGGUCCACAUGCGAGGUCGACGGCUGUCCCUGGAUCGGGCACGUCAAGAGCGAGGAGGACGAAGGCCACUGGCAUGUUGAGUGCGAUCUGCUCUCGAAGAGCGUCAGACCCGCCUCCGCCGCGGGCACGCACGGCGAGGAACAGCUGGCCGAAUUGCGGCCGUCGUCAUCGUCUGGACCGCAGCCAUCACCGUCGUCCGAACUGGUCAUUUCAUCCGACCCGCCCCAAGGGCUCGCCCACGCCGAACCACAUUGCACGACGUCACACGACGCCCCUCCGGCGCCAGCAAUCCGAAACGCGCCCGAUUGUCCGAACUCGCGGUCUUCAUUGUCGGCCGCUAAGCACAAGCCGCGGCGUCAUGCGAUGCGAAGGGUAGGGGAAGCAAGGUCGAUGGAUGAGCUGACGAGACCAGAGGCAGCGUGGGCAGAAGCGGGACGGCGGAGGUCCUGGAGUUAA